UAAAACAAGGCGGCGAAGUGGAAAGCAGAGGGGGAGUGGGGAUGCUGGAGUCCACGUCAUCCCCCGUCUCCCCCAUGACGUCAUACUGGCGCGCCCCAGGGCUCGAGAGCCCGACGGGGAUACAUAGAAGGCAAUCGAACCCAGACUGCCGCGCGGACAUAGUCCGUUGCGUAGAGUACAAGGACUCUGUACUCAGCCCGCGCUACGACCACCAUCUCACCACGACACACGCCGUAUGCGACUUAAUCCCUCGCGCGCCUUCCCAGCCCGAAUACAUGGCGCGCGUCUGCCUCGAACUCGGCGUCCUCCCCACUCCCCCCUCUAACCCUCCCGCCCCCCUCCUCACCUGCUCCGUAGACUUCGAACCCUACGACCCCCCCAAAGAAAACUGCGCCAUCUGCGUCCAAUCCAACCCCGACAUAUCCAAGAUCCCCUCUCCCCCCAUAAAAAGCUGCCUCAAAAAAACCAAAAGCAACACCUCCACCACCUCCCUCCCCUCCAUAGAAAUCCCCGAAGAACCCAAACCAAAGUCCGACAUCGAACAAGUGAACCGCGAGUGGAACAAAGCGUACGACUCGCCCGAAACCGACCGAAUGCUCAACAAAAUCUCCAACGACCUGGAUUUUCUCUUAAACCGGACUCAGGAAAGUUCUAAAGUGCUCGACCAAAUCGAGGAGGCCCCCACUUAGGAUUGUUUGUGAUUCUAGUUUAGAUGAAAACAUGGAAACAGGGGUGCAACAUGCCGUUAGAUAAAUAAAUGUAAAUAGACGUUACGGUUUUAUAGUGAAUUGUGUAUCAGUGAGUUUGAGACUAUUGUUGAGAAUAUGGUCGGAUGCUAUUUACUUAUUUAUUCAGGAAAACUCUUAUCGUACAGGCCUCUCAUCAUCACAAAACGUAAUAAUCAUAAAUCUAUAUCUACAACGAUUUUAUUAAUCACUUUUAUAGACGAUACAAUAUACCUAGAUAGCAUACGACCAUGAUAUUACAUAUUUGACUUCGAAAUUCGAAUCCUUAAAAGGGUGACAUUAUUAGAAUCAGUAAACACAUGACGUUCUAAGAGUAUUAUAAGUUAAUUAAAAAAAUAUGCAAAUGUGAUAUUUUAAUGUUUAGGUUUAGUUGAAGCAAAAAGAUUUUAAUCCAAAUUAAGACUUAAAAUUACUUUCUCAAAAUUUAUUUUAAUAAGUCUCUCUUUAUGCAUCUCAAAAAUAUACGUAAAUCAUUUUUUAAAUCUUUAUCUAAUAGUUUAUAAAGUUUAAUAUUUAGUUUUAGUUUUACUUUACUUUUAGUAUAAAAACUUGUGGUAUUAUAAAAGAAAAGUUAUACAAAGAUGUCACCCGAUCACAAAAAACUAGUCAAGUUUUAUAUUACAGUGCAAUAAGUUAUUCAUCUGAUUGUGAUAACCUCAUGUACCUAAUUUAAUGUGUUUAGGUUAAAUUAACACCGUAUUAAUAAAUUAAGAAAACUUAUCGGAAAUAAAUUGUGAUACAAGUCUUGUAUGUACAUUGUACGUUUUCCAAUACAAUGGCAUAGCGGUAAAACCUCUUGAUUAAGAUUACAGUUUUUAUAAGCCUUGGAAAGAUAUUUGUACCUAGAACAUAUCACAGCUGUCCAAUAAAUUAAAAAUCAUACUUUAUUCGGUUUUCACUAAAUUCAUAUAAUGUAAAUAAAACACUGACAUGACAUUAUGCUACCUUAUGAAGCAUUUUGCUGUAUUUUGGGGACCUAAUUUACUAGGUAAUAUUUAUGUAGACUUGACCCACACUAAAGUAAUAUUACACAUCAUACAAGUUCAUACAACAUUGAGGCCUGCUAUACACGGACAGCUUGAAGCAGUUAGUAUCCGACAGCUUCAAGCUGCGACUGCAGAGCAAACUACAGUACACUACGUACACACAUCACAUACACGGAACCGCUCGAGCAACUGUUUCCGUAGUUUGCUAUGCAGUCGCAGCUUGAAGCUGCCGACACUAACUGCUUCAAGCUGUCCGUGUAUAGCAGGCCUAACAUGAAUGUGGGUUUAACGCUAUGCCAUUGCAAAGUUAAAAAAUACCCACAUUUUUGUAUUAUCGAUUCAAUGUCCAAAUAAUUUAUUGUUUGCAUGUGUUAAGAUUUCAAUUUGAUUGAAUAUUAAGCCAAUAUAGAAGUUUUUAACAAGUAUUAUCGUAUUAAGUAAUGUAAUCAUUUUAUUUUUACUAACCUAAAAAAAUAUCCUGUAAUAUUAUUUAUAACGUGAAGGAGUGCAUGGCCAAAUAAUGAUAAAAAUAUAUGGCAUGUCUACGUUUCGACAAAAAUUAGUAUGUUUAUGUUUUACCGUUAAUUUUAGUGUCACGUGACUUAUAUGCAGUCAGUGCCUGUAGACAAAUGAAACGUGAUCACGAAAUCAAAUUGCAUUUUUGUUGCAAAUCACGUAUUACAAGUACAUAGCAUGCCACUGUGUUUACUUUAUAUGCCGCUAUCUGUUAAAUGGUUUGGAGUCACUGACUGGUCUUCUUAGAGCCCAUGCACACCGCGUUAUCAACGCUACGCGCUAAUGGAACGCGCUGUGUGCGUCAUGUUAUCCCAAUCAAUGUAACUAUACAGCAAUCUAAAUUUAGCAGCAAACGCACGAAAAAAACGUGGUGUGCAUGGACCUUUAAACAGCAAUGAAGUUAUAUCCGCACUCUUGUUUUCUCACUUUGUUGUUACCAUUCCUCGGCCAAAUCCCAACAUAGCAUUAUUACAAUUGUAGUUACGGCCGUUAGAAACUAAUUGUAAAUAUUCAAACGUGUAAAUAUGUUUAAGAUGAUUCUAAACGAAUUAUAUUUUACGUUAAAUCGGGUACAAUAUAUUUUUAUUUACAAAUAAAUUUUUUACUAUUGA